GAGGGGCGGGGCUCUACCGAGCCUCUCUCAAGCGCAGACCUGCGUGUGCGCGAUCCGGGAGAGACAGCGGCGCGGGGCUCUGGUUUGCAGGAAGAGAAUCAAGAUCUAAAAUCUAGUCUUGCCACUUACGGGGUGAUGUAGGAUGGCUCGCACUUUGGAACCACUGGCAAGGAAGAUCUUUAAAGGAGUUUUAGUGGUGGAACUUUUCGGCGUUUUUGGAGCAUAUGCUUUAUUUAAAAAGAUGGAUACAAGCCAAGAUUUCAGGCAAACAAUGAGCAAGAAAUUUCCCUCCAUCUUAGAAGUUUAUUACAAAUCCAUUGAAUAUUCUGGAAUGUAUGGAAUCAGAGAGCAAGAUGAAGAAAAAUGGUUGAACAACAAAAGUUAGGAGUUUGGCCAGUGAUCAAGGUUUACCUUAUUUCAUAGUAUCAGGCAAGAUUAAAAUUCCAGAACCAAUAUGGAUGGAUUUUGGAGUAUUUAAGGCAAAAUGUAAAUUCUAAUUAAUCCAAAGGUUUUAUUCUUUGGACUAUUAAGAAAUUAUUGAAGGUAUGUUUAUUAUAUUAUAAAUAAAGUUUUGUUUAUACUAUUCAAAA